AGCUACUGCUGUCUCCAUCUCGCUGAAGACUGAUUAUCACCGAUGCUAACCCAAGUCUUACUCGGUUGCCUAUGAAUGAGUCAUGUUCUAUGAUUACCCAAUCCAUCACCACUUCCACCAUUAGCAGCCAACCAUCCCAUCUUGUAUCCCUCUAAUCCAUCUCAUUGCCAUGGUGAUGAUCAUGUGAUGCGAUCCAUGUCCGAUGGGGCAAGUGUGCCCAGCCAGUGCUCCGUCCCAGCAGUAUGUACCCACCAACUGCCAAGGUGUCUCCACCAAUACAACCAAUGAAAAGAGGAAGAUUGAGACGAGCCAGCCAUGUGUGGACUCCAGACUGAUAUCACGUGGUGCAUCAUGUACCCAAGAUGAUAUAAGACGCUCACUAAGGAAGGAGAAAGAAAUACAUAUAACUUCCCCCAGAUGCACCACUACUUGUGAGGGUAAUAGAGAUGAUGAACGUCUGCACUCCAAGCACAGGCAUUCAUCUCGGUCCCUCCAGAAUCAAAGCAUUGGAAGACAUAGACCUGGAACUCAAGACUCAUUCAGGAAAAAGGAAGAGAAGGAUAAGGACAGAGGAGGGAGUAUUCCAUCAAAGCAUCAUCAACGCUACAAGCAGGAGCAAGAUGAUGCCUUCCAGGUCAGCCGGGAUGAGCGCUCCCAUCAUCAUGAGACACAAAGAGGACAUCAUUACCAUCAAACACAUGUACUUCAUCAAAAGGGUUCAAAAUUACAUGUAGAGUCUCAGCUUGUUACAAAACAACAAGUUCAUAGGAGGGAACACCAUCAGCAGCAUCAUCAUCGCCAACAUCACAGGAAGAUGGAUCGUAAGGAGGAUGAAUGGAAACAUGCUGAAGUGCACAGACAGGAGCACCAAAAGUCUAAACUUAGUUCUCAUGUUGAGUACAGCUCUCAGAACGAGCAUAAUGCUCAAAUCAGUGCAAGAAAGACCCAUCUGCCUAAUAACACUCAAAGCGCUAGAUCUUCUCAGAAAUCUCAAAAAGAGAGAUGUAAUAGAAUGGAGGCCGCAGGUUCGGCAAGGAGCUCUCUCAAAGAAAAACGGACAAAACAAAACGACGUAAAAGAGAUAAGUGCAAAAGAAGGAGAAAAAAAGUUGCAGAGGAUGAGAAAAAUGGAAGAUCCUGUUUAUAGUUUACCUCCUAUUAUGAAGUAAUAGAAUAAAGCACAAAUGUAUUACCUUGAAUAUAUAGUAUGCAUUGAAUGUUGGUUGAAAUACAUGUAUGUAUUACAUGUAGCUGUUAUUGUUUUUCCAUGGUAACAAAACAUGAAAGAUUCUAUUAGAUGAGGAAAGUGAAGCAUUGUGAAAAGAAAUGAUUUGUUAAGUUGAGGGAAGAAGAGAAACUGUUUCCCCCUAAAAUUGUAGGAAAGAAUGCUAGAAAGUUGUGAACUUUGCUAUAGUUUUAUGAUCUUUGUGUGAUUAUUGUAGGUUUUUUUUUUUUUUUAAUUGUUAUUAAUGGUGACAGUGUAAUUAUAAUUUAUUGAUUGUAGUGAAUUUUUUUUAAUGAGCUGUGGUUAGCUGUUAUACACAAGUAUUAGAUUCUUGACCAAAGAUUAAUGAACUGCUUUUAUACUUUCAUUCUGAAAUUUAAGAUAUCCCAGUACAAUCAUUAUGCAAAAAAUGUCAUUCUGUUAAUAUGCAGAAAGGUUUAAGUAUGUAUGAAUUAGGUGUAUUUACAUGUAUGUAAAAUGGUGAAGUGUAGGUGUUUUAAAACUGAAAUUGAUAUAAAUACUAAGAAUUAAUCUGACGUGUACAAUGUGUAAAACACAUUGAACAAGUGAAAUUCAUUUCAAUAUAGAAUUCCAUCAAAGGCUAAAUUAUUGACGCUUUAUUGGAGAUCAGGUCAGGGUUUCACAAAACCGUCAUAAGUACAAGUUCAGCGACAUCCCAUUGAGAUGCAGGUAUUAAGUUUAAGACUUGUUUCAAAGGGAUGUCAGUGAACUUGUACUUGUGAAGAUUUCAUGAAACAAUGCCCUGUUUUCCUUUGAUGUGACGAUUUAUAUUAAGAAAUAGAUAUCCGUAGAUCUUAUUUUCCAGCCAUUCUUGCCCAUUAUAUAAACAAACUAUAUUCAUGUACAACUAUCAGUGUAUGUACAUGUAUGUAACUUGCAGCAUGAAGAAGAUUUUGAUAUAAAAAAAUGUUGAUGGUAUUCAUAUUUGUGUUUAUGUACCGGUAUUCUACAUACUGUACAUAUUUAUAACUUUUUAGCUGUUGAAAAAAAACAAAAAAGUUGGUCCUAGCUUUUCAUUAAGUCACAUGGAAAAAUAAGUAAUUCUUAUUGAGAUGCAAAUAAAAUUUCACAAUUUGAUCAUGCUAUAGAAUUAUACAUGUAGAUGCAAUAGUGUUCAUAUUUUGCUGCAUAUUUUUAGCUAAUUUAUUUCGUUCUCGUUCACAAGACUGUAGAUGUGUGUAUGGAUGUUCAUGUAAAUACUUGUUAUCUGAAUACUGGAAAAUCUCUCCUGCUUCACAAUCAAUUCAAAAUACAGGAUCACAAUACUUUCAUGAUUAACUGUAUAGUAUAGUACAUUAAUAUACCAAUAAUACACAGCAGUGACGGCAUUAGUAAUAAUUACCCAACAAGGUACCUUUGGAACAGUCUAACACGCCCGAGGCGGUAGCUAGCCGAGGGUGUUUGGACUGUCUUGAAGGCAAUACAGAUUGCGAUAUUUCUAGUUGAGAGUGUAUUUUAGCUUGCAAUAUCUCGUUAUAGAGGUAAUAUUUGAAGCUCAUAUUUUGAUUGCAGUAUAGCAACAUGGAACACCUUACAUCCAGCGUAAAAUAACCCAACAGAUCCCCAUUUCUUUUUCCUCUCAUUAGUUUGAUACUCCACUUCAGAAACAGCCACAUUGAAAUAUGACUCUCUAACUAUUCGUUAUUUGUAUUGAACAGAUAUAUCUGAUAUUAUUUUUUUCCUUCAUGUUAACACUCUAUUCCUAAACUGUACAUGGCAUUUACAAUGUGGUAUUUGUAUAGUAUGUAAGAUACAAGUGAAGACUAGAAAGUGGUACUGUUUUUGUCUGUUCAUUAUAAUGCGCUAUAGAAAUGUAAUUUAUUAUUAUUAUUAUUAUUAUUAUUAUUAUUAUUAUGGUCAAUUCCAAAGUUUACAGAAUGUCAUUUCCAGAUCAUUUUAAUCCUCAUUACCAAGUCCAUGGAAGAGAGGACUUAUAGCCAUUUGUCCCCUGGUUGCUUACUUACAAGCUUAACAGUAUACAUAUUUUCUUAGCAGUAGGGCAAAGCAAUCCUCAAACAUCAUCACAUAUAGCUUUAUUACAGAAUGACAUAGCAAGUCAUUUUCGGGUCAUUCUGUAUUAAAUUUUAUUAAAAAAGUAAUAUUUUAUGAAUAUAAAUAUAGGGAUACUGAACUGUUGUGAAAAUACCUCAUAAAAUUUGUAUCAUUAAUUUGUAACUUUAAAAAAAAUUACUAAGACAUUUUUUUUUUUAAUGAAAAAUUCUCUGGAAAUGUGAUUGUGUAACACUUUGAAUUAACCUUAUUUUUAUCAUUCGACCCUUUUAAGCUAAUAGUGAGCUAAAUCUUGUCUUCUGUAUUGAAAUGAAAUGGAAUGUCCAGAUAUUGAGUGUUUUAAAGGUCAUGAAUUGUUUUGAAACUUAAUUCAUGUGUGCAUUUAAAGCAAUAAAAGAAGUGUGUCAAAGAGCAAAGAAACUCCAACUGCUUUCCUGUAGAUUCAUUUUCUUCAUGAAAUGACACAGUUGAAGCAAGUUCAUGUACUUAGAAAAGAUUGAUAUUCAACAUUGUACACAUUAAUGCUAGAGACAGUUGUAUGUAACAUCUGCAGAUGGAGUUUGUAAGAGCAACGAGUUUGGAAUGAUAAUAGACAUUUUGUAUGCAUGAAAAGCAAUCGCACUUCCACUUGCAAUAAAUCUUAACCAGUAAAAAAA